CAAGUUUCGUAUCUAUGAUGAAUAUUGUAGUAACCAUGAGAAAGCACAAAAAUUACUUCUGGAACUCAACAAAAUAAGAACAAUCCGGACAUUUCUUUUGAACUGCAUGCUGCUUGGAGGACGGAAGAACACAGAUGUUCCCUUGGAAGGAUAUUUAGUAACACCAAUACAAAGAAUAUGCAAGUACCCUCUCAUUUUGAAGGAGCUGCUGAAGCGGACUCCACGGAAACACAGUGACUAUGCAGCAGUGAUGGAAGCCCUCCAAGCCAUGAAAGCUGUCUGUUCCAACAUAAAUGAGGCCAAGAGACAGAUGGAGAAGUUAGAAGUUUUAGAGGAAUGGCAGUCUCACAUUGAAGGCUGGGAGGGGUCCAACAUCACUGACACCUGCACUGAAAUGCUAAUGUGUGGAGUCUUACUGAAAAUUUCUUCUGGAAAUAUUCAAGAACGGGUGUUUUUUCUUUUCGAUAACCUUUUGGUGUACUGCAAAAGAAAACACAGACGAUUGAAGAACAGCAAGGCAUCUACAGAUGGACAUCGAUACCUUUUUCGUGGCCGGAUCAACACGGAGGUGAUGGAAGUGGAGAAUGUGGAUGAUGGCACUGCUGAUUUCCAUAGCAGUGGACACAUUGUUGUUAAUGGAUGGAAGAUACAUAACACAGCAAAAAAUAAAUGGUUUGUUUGUAUGGCAAAAACACCUGAAGAGAAGCAUGAAUGGUUUGAAGCUAUUUUGAAAGAAAGAGAACGGCGGAAAGGUUUAAAAUUAGGAAUGGAGCAAGAUACCUGGGUAAUGAUCUCUGAACAGGGUGAGAAACUUUAUAAAAUGAUGUGCAGACAAGGAAAUCUGAUCAAAGACAGAAAAAGAAAACUGACUACGUUCCCUAAAUGCUUUCUUGGAAGCGAAUUUGUGUCAUGGCUGUUGGAAAUUGGAGAGAUUCACAGGCCUGAGGAAGGUGUGCACUUGGGACAAGCAUUAUUAGAAAAUGGAAUCAUUCACCAUGUUACCGAUAAACAUCAGUUCAAACCAGAACAGAUGUUAUAUAGAUUUCGCUAUGAUGAUGGAACAUUUUAUCCAAGAAAUGAGAUGCAGGAUGUGAUUUCAAAGGGUGUAAGAUUAUAUUGUCGUCUUCACAGCCUUUUUACUCCAGUGAUAAGAGAUAAAGAUUACCAUUUAAGGACCUACAAAUCUGUGGUCAUGGCCAACAAACUGAUAGACUGGUUAAUUGCACAGGGAGAUUGCCGCACCAGAGAAGAGGCAAUGAUAUUUGGCGUUGGACUCUGUGACAAUGGAUUUAUGCACCAUGUCCUUGAAAAAAGCGAAUUCAAAGAUGAACCCCUACUUUUCCGUUUUUUUUCGGAUGAGGAAAUGGAAGGAUCAAAUAUGAAACAUCGACUUAUGAAACAUGACUUAAAAGUUGUGGAAAAUGUUAUAGCUAAGUCAUUACUGAUUAAAUCCAAUGAAGGCAGCUAUGGCUUUGGGCUAGAAGACAAAAACAAAGUUCCAAUAAUAAAGUUGGUAGAAAGGGGAUCUAAUGCUGAGAUGGCUGGCAUGGAAGUUGGGAAAAAGAUUUUUGCUAUUAAUGGAGACCUAGUUUUUAUGAGACCUUUCAGUGAAGUCGACUGCUUCCUGAAAUCGUGUUUAAACAGCAGAAAACCUCUAAGAGUUCUUGUGAGCACGAAACCAAGAGAGACAGUGAAAAUUCCAGAUUCAGCUGAUGGACUUGGCUUCCAGAUCCGAGGAUUUGGCCCUUCCGUUGUGCAUGCUGUAGGAAGAGGAACUGUGGCUGCAGCAGCUGGCCUUCACCCUGGACAGUGCAUUAUCAAGGUGAAUGGAAUCAAUGUAAGCAAAGAGACACAUGCCAGUGUCAUUGCACACGUUACAGCCUGCAGGAAGUACAGGCGGCCAAUGAAGCAAGAUUCCAUACAAUGGGUUUAUAAUAGCAUUGAGAGUGCUCAAGAAGACCUUCAAAAAUCUCACUCCAAGCCCCCUGGAGAUGAAGCAGGGGAUGCUUUUGACUGUAAAGUAGAAGAGGUUAUUGACAAAUUCAACACUAUGGCCAUCAUUGACGGGAAGAAGGAGCAUGUGAGUCUGACAGUGGACAAUGUCCACCUGGAGUAUGGUGUUGUAUAUGAGUACGACAGCACAGCUGGCAUCAAGUGCAAUGUGGUGGAAAAGAUGAUUGAGCCCAAAGGUUUCUUCAGCUUAACUGCCAAGAUUCUUGAAGCCCUGGCUAAAAGUGAUGAGCAUUUUGUACACAACUGCACCAGCCUAAAUUCUCUAAAUGAAGUGAUUCCUACUGACCUUCAGAGUAAAUUCAGUGCCCUUUGCAGUGAAAGAAUUGAACACAUAUGUCAGAGAAUAUCCAGUUAUAAAAAGUUUUCUCGUGUACUGAAGAAUAGAGCCUGGCCUACUUUUAAACAGGCCAAAUCUAAAAUCUCCCCACUGCACAGCAGUGAUUUCUGCCCUACCAACUGCCAUGUCAACGUGAUGGAAGUUUCUUAUCCCAAAACAUCAACCUCUUUGGGAAGUGCAUUUGGUGUUCAGUUGGAUAGUAGGAAGCAUCAUUCUCAUGAUAAAGAAAACAAAUCUUCGGAGCAAGGGAAACUGAGCCCUAUGGUGUACAUUCAGCACACCAUCACAACCAUGGCGGCCCCUUCAGGUCUGUCUCUGGGACAGCAGGAUGGCCAUGGUCUCAGGUAUCUGCUGAAAGAAGAAGACUUAGAAACCCAAGACAUCUAUCAGAAACUGCUGGGUAAACUUCAGACUGCACUGAAAGAGGUGGAGAUGUGUGUUUGUCAAAUAGAUGAAUGAAUUAAACAGUUCAAGAUUGCUAAGAGAAAAGGAAAGUAUUUUUUAAGCAAUUGCAUGACAUUUUUGAAUUGUGUUGGAAUCCUUGCGACAGAAGUUUAUAUUUUAGGAUAUGAUAUUUUACUUCAUUUAAUAAAUGAGAUUUUGUUGCAUGAU